AGGAUCCCAGACUUGCCAUUGGCUGAUCAGUCCCACUCCUUGUUUACUUCCACUUGUUGAAACUUUGUGGUUUGUGACCCAGCAUUUCAUUAAGUCCUUUGGCUGCCAUGGAACUGUGGACCUUCACCACUCUUGCCCUUGUGGCUGUUGUCGUUUUCUUGUUUUUCCACUUAGUAUGGAGCAAAGGAUAUCAAGCAAGGCUCCCUCCUGGCCCAACUCCUCUUCCCAUCCUUGGGAACAUGCUACAGUUGGACUCCAAGAAUAUCCUCACAUUUUUAGACAAGCUGGCUGAAAAGUAUGGCCCUGUGUACACUAUAUACGUGGGGUCACAGAGAAUCAUUAUGUUGCAUGGUUAUGCAGUGUUAAAAGAAGCUCUGAUUGACCAGGGAGAUGGGUUUGUACACAGAAAAACACCACCAAUAUUUAAGACUGUCUUGAAAGGAAACAGUAGGUUUCAGCCCUUAAAGGCUACCUAA